AAUAAAAUUGAGCAGAAGCACUAGGUAGCGCCAGCCUGGCUAGAGGAAAGCAGCUGUAGAUCAUCAAUCAGGUCCCAGCAUGUCUCCUGGGUUAUGCUUUCUGGAAACUUGGGUUUACCAAACCUUGAGCCAUACCUGUCAUUGGUGAUGUCACACUCGCUUACUCCACUUUUUUUUAAAAAUAUAUAUAUAUAUAUAUAGUCUAUGAUCACUACAGAAAGAAAACAAACUUUAUGUCCCUCAUUUCAUCUUUGGCCUUUGUGGAUAUUGAACAAUUACGAAAAAAAAAAAAACACUCAAAAUUUUGACAAAAUUGUCAUAUUUUAGAAAGUUAUUAAGAUAGAGAUGUAAAAUUGGGACCAAAAGAUGCGCAAUACUACCAUUUAUAUUUAACUUUUAUUGACACCAUAGCCAUAACCAUAUUAUUUUAAAAGUUAUUUGAGAAAAAAAAAAAAAAUCGAUUUUUCAGCCAGAGCCUUAUGGACGCCGUUUGGAUGGAACUUGAGAAGCUUGAUGGACCCAGUAGAUAUUAUUCAAUUGAGCUAAUAUUCCACAGAUUUUCUUUUAUUUGGUAUUCACUUUUUAAAAUUGGGGAAAAUGCACCUUAAUGUACCCUACCCGGUUUCCACGGGUCUGUAUGCAUGCAUUGAUAUUUUCUCACAACUCAAGACGAGACCUAACUCAAGUCUUGUGUGCAAAAUAAUAAUACAAAAAACAACGUGGCAAUACCCACACGCAUACACACGCGCACUGUUUGACACACUGACCUACUUUUUCCAAAAACGUGCAUACUAGUGUCUUAUAACUCGCCUCUUGGUUCUUUCAGUAAAUGCGUGCUCAAGAAAGGGAACACAACAUCACUAUCCCAUAUAAAAAAUAGUCACAACAUAAACGUCAAAGUCUUCGCGGAGCUCUUUCAAAGGUGCUGCCGCGCAAGUAGGAGAGGAGGAACACGGGGCAUGGACCAUGUUUUCCUCCUCUCACGUGGACUCGCCAAGCUGUUUCUGAAACCGAGAGCUUAUUACGGAUCUGCACCGGUUGUUAAACUCUAUUACAGCCAUGGACCUGAGAGAGAGCUGCACUCUCCAAACAGAGAAUGAGAAGAUAGACUUGAAUCAUAAUGAAGCGUGGAAGUGCCAGUCUUAAGUCCAACUGCCAAACAUUUCCCAGCCCCAAGGAGCGGGCCAAGAGGCUGAAGCAGGCUCCGUGCAGCUUUGCCCCAAGCCGAGGUGAGGACUGGGGCAACCUGCCGCACCAUGUGGUCCUGCAGAUCUUCCAGCACUUGUCUCUGGUGGACCGGGCACGGGCCUCCUCCGUGUGUCGGCGCUGGAACGACGUCUUUCACACCCCAGAUCUGUGGCGCCGCUUUGAGUUUGAGCUCAACCAGCCGGCCACAUCCUAUCUACGCUCCACUCACCCUGAUCUCAUUCAGCAAAUCAUCAAGAAGCAUGCACAGCACCUGCAGUAUGUCAGUUUCAAGGUGGACAGCUGCACUGAGUCUGCAGAGGCGGCUUGUGACAUUCUCUCCCAACUGGUGAACUGCACCAUUAAGACCCUGGGCCUCAUAUCCACCGCACGACCAAGCUUCAUGGAUGUGUCUCAGGCCCACUUUGUGUCCGCUUUGACAGUGGUAUUUGUCAACUCCAAGUCACUGUCCUCCAUCAAGAUCGAUGACACUCCAGUGGAUGAUCCAUCGCUCAAGGUGCUGGUGGCCAACAACAGUGACACACUCAAGUUGCUGAAGAUGAGCAGCUGUCCUCACGUUUCCCCAGCUGGGAUCCUCUGUGUGGCAGACCAGUGUCAUGGGCUCAGAGAACUAGCUCUGAAUUACCAUCUUCUGAGUGAUGAGCUUCUGCUGGCCCUCUCCACUGAGAAACAUGUGAACCUGGAGCAUCUGCGCAUCGAUGUGGUCAGUGAAAACCCCAGUCAGACCCACUUCCACACCAUCAAGAAGAGCAGCUGGGAAGCCCUAGUGCGGCACUCUCCAAAAGUCAACAUUGUCAUGUACUUUUUCUAUGAAGAGGAGUUUGAGCCUUUUUUCCGUGAGGAGACCCCGGUCACUCACCUGUACUUUGGACGAGCAGUGAGUAAAGAGAUGCUAGGGCGUAUUGGUCUGAACUGCCCCCGUCUGGUGGAGCUGGUGGUGUGUGCUAACGGGCUGGAGCCUCUCGACCAGGAGCUGAUCAGGAUUGCAGAACGCUGCAAAAGCUUGACAGCCAUCGGCCUUGGUGAGUGUGAGGUGACCUGCAGCGGAUUUGUGGAGUUUGUGAAGAUGUGCGGGGGCCGGCUGACUCAGCUGUCCAUCAUGGAGGAGGUGCUGAUCCCUGACAGCACCUACAACAUGGAGCAGAUCCACAGCGAGGUGUCAAAGCAUCUGGGCCGCAUAUGGUUCCCAGACAUGAUGCCCACUUGGUGAUGUAACACUAGGGUUUAUUGAGGAGUUUACUGAGAAGUCAUAUACAGUUAGGCAAUCACUGUCGCUUUGAGUGUUUUACACACAUAGGCAACAACAAGGUAAUGCUAUGAUUUAUUACUUUUUUGCAGCUGAUAGUUUUUAGUUUUUUUCAAAAAUGAUGUGACUAUUUUCAAAGUUGGAAGAACAGAAACUAAACUAUAUUACAUCUUCAAAUGAUCACGUCAUCAUUAUAUGUGAGGUUAUUAAACCUCAGAGGCCUGAGUUGCUGUAUUGAUGGUAAUUAAUUAAGGGUAAUAGUUUAAGGGUAUAGUUUCCAUCUGUUAAUUUAUUUUACUAGAAGUCACAAAUGCCUCACACGUUUUUAUUUAUUUUACCUAAGCCAAACAGUGUGUAUUUUGUGUUUUUAUUCUUGUUAUCUAUAUGCAUAUUUAUAAACAUCAGAUCCAGUGGUUGUUAUGCUUCUUUAUUUGAAAAUGUUAAUGUGCAGUGCUCCAUAUUAUGUAUUUUUUUGUCUGAAAUGCACUAAAGUAUUACUGAGUUGCUUUGUUCCAUUUGACCUUUGUGCAGUUAUUAGAAGUAGACACUAGAGGACGCCAGUGAUCUUAGUGUAGCCAGUUGGAUCUUACAUAACCAUUGCUGCUGUAAAAUGAAGGAGGCCAGUGAUGGUUUUGGAUUUGCAUAGAACAC